AUGGCAUGCGACGUGUGCUCGAAUGCUGGCGGUUGGGAGACGGGAGGCCAGCGACUGUCCAGGUUCGUCUCGCCGGCCGACUUGAAGGAAGGAGCGACGCGCUGUGCAGAGUGUGCUUUGAUCUGGGCUGCCCUAGAACCGCUCAAGACCAAGUGGCAUGGGCGGGAUCUUGCUGCAACUGCCGAGCUGCAGAUUGCAACUGGCAAUGCACUGCAGGUGCGAUGGCCGCGCGGUUCGAUUGCGCUGGAACUUUUCACGCGCGAUGAUGACAUCGGGCCGCGCCAUCCAUGCAUCGGCCCGGUCAGCGAGGUCAGCGCGCGAUCCGACUCGGACGCUUCCUUCGAACUUGCCGCCGCAUGGCUUCGCGAUUGCAUGGCCAACCACGACCAGUGCAGAGCCAAGACACCACCCGCUACGCUCCCGACGAGGGUCAUCGACGUCGGGGUCGAGGGCGGACGGGAGCCGUUCCUCGUCGUCACCAGCGGACGCCGCGAAGAGCACGCUAGCGAUGCUUACGCCGCCCUGACAUACUGCUGGGGCGAUCCCUCACGCCACCACGUUCUCAAGACCACCAGAGACAACUUUGACGCCCACCGCGACGCUAUCCCUCUGCACGACUUGCCCGGUACGCUGCGCGACACCGUCGUCAUCUGCCGGCGGCUCGGCCUGCAGUACCUGUGGAUCGACGCGCUGUGCAUCGUCCAGGGUGACGCCCAGGACUGGGCACGCGAGGCCGGCAGGAUGUGCGAUGUCUACUCCAACGCCACGCUCACCAUCGCCGCCGACCACGCCGACGGCACCUCGGCCGGCAUAUUCCGGCCGCAGCAGUACGGCGAGACACCGCCGCGGCUGGUGUCUCGCGACGGGGCGCGGCCCGUCUACGUGCGGCCUCUGCAAAGACACAACGACGUGACCAUGCUGACGCGGUCGCCCGACCCGGACGAGGACGCGCUGGCGCCCAUUAACCAGCGCGCCUGGACACUGCAGGAGGCCGUGCUCUCGAACCGCAUGCUGCACUACACGGCCGACGAGAUGUUGUGGCGGUGCAACGCCCUGCACGCGUGCGAGUGCCGCCGCGGCGCCCCGCGCGCCAUCGGCGACCUGCCCGAGACCGUAUUCCGCAACGUGGGCCUGUUUGGCCGUGCCACGCCGCCUGAGGCCUACACCGAGUGGCGCAACCUCCUCGUAAGCUUCUCCGAGCGCCUCCUCAGCGUCGAUGCCGACAAGCUCUCGGCCCUAUCGGGCAUGGCCCAGCAGUUUUCGCGCAUGCGUGCCGCCGCCGGGCUCGAGAUCGCCGACGACCGCUACCUGGCCGGCUUGUGGGCCGACGACCUGCCUCAGGCUCUGAUGUGGAGCGUCGACUACGGCUCGUUCCUCGCAAGGGAGCGUGGGCGCUUCUUCAGGAUGCCCAAGUGGCGGGCGCCUAGCUGGAGCUGGGCUGCCGUGGAGGCGCCCAUCAAGUCGAAUUCCAUGUCCAGCUUCCGAAGCGCCGUAACCCUCAUUGAGGCGACGGUCGAGCUGACGGACGAGGAGGACCCGUUUGGCCGCGUCAGGGAGGCCAAGAUUACCCUCGCCGGACGCAUGGUCCAUGGGCUGGGUGUUAAGAUCACGGCACCGACAUUUGUACAUGAUGAUUUGUUGAAUGUCGCUGAUUACGAGAUCAUCGAUCCCGCAGGCCAGUUGUGGUCUGUCGUCUUUGAUAAUCCCUCGGCCGUGAGGAGCGACACGCGCGAGUACUCAUGCUUUCUCGUUGGCACUGCCUUCGUCAGGGGCGCAAUCUCGACGAACUAUGCAUUUUUGGUCUUGAAAAUGCUUGACAUGUUUGAGAACUGCCCAGAGGAGUCCAUCACCAUCAUCUAG